AUGUUUAUAAAUUUCCCAAUUAAUUUUAUUCCAAAAUGUAUUAAUGCAAGUCCAGAGAAUUUUAAUAUAUGCCAAAUCAAUGAUCGGAAUAUAACAUUUAACAUAUCAAACAUGAAAGAAACCAAUUUGGUAUUUUAUGUACCUGAGUCAUCAAUUCUUGGAUAUAAUGAAAUAAACACCACAGAUCCUACAGAUCCACACAAUUGCAGUAGACCAAGCUCGGAAUUUAAAUUUGACGCAACUAUAUCAAGGUUAUAUAAUGUUUAUUUUAACAAAGAAGAAGGUCCACCAAAAAGUUGUUUAAUACAUAUUGGCGAGUAUUUAUGUUCUUAUUAUUAUUCAUAUAAUUAUCCAGAUCCUAAAAAAUAUUGUUCUGAUUUAUGUGAUAUAUUCUAUACUGGAGAAUGUGCGCAAUAUUUCGAUAAAUUCAGAUAUCUAAAUUUUAACGAUUCACUACAUAUACUACCAAGAACCAGGGAUGAAUGUUACUCAAAGAGUGCAGGUUUAAAUAAUACUGAUUGUCGCAACAUUUAUCUCCAAGAUGGAAUUGCUCCUCAAAUGGUAUAUCGAAUCAAGUAUCCAGGCGGAGUAGUUAGAGUUGCAAUGACAUUCCAAAACAAUAAACUAUCUAUAAAUAAUAACAUGUAUAAAUUAUUUAGUUGUAUUGUAUUUGUUACAAUACUGGUGAAUUGUUUAGGUGUAUCGACAGCAGCACCCGAUUAUCUAUGUGCGAACGUUAGUGUCAUUACAAAUUUCAAAUACUGUCGUAAUCAAAAUGCAGCAUACAACUACAUUCAAUUGGAUCUUGUAAAACUACAAAAGAUAGGUCCACUUUCAGGAGCAGCUGUCGAAGCUAUCAAGAAUGCACCCUUUGAAAACAACUGUUAUCAAGUCGCUGGAAACGUUAGUUUCGACGACUUUGUCGUUGAAGCGAUCAUUGCUUUGCAAUACUAUCCAGAGGAAGUCCCACAAAAAUGUCCAUCUGUAAUUGGUACCUAUUUAUGUUCAUCCAUGUUUAGAUAUAACUACCCAAAUGCACAACCAUUUUAUAACCAAUCAUGUUCAUCUUUGUAUGCCAUUGAUUCAAAAACACAAAACUAUAUCUGUCCACAGAAUAUGACAUUGACCGUAUCGAAUACAGGUGGAGACGACGUUGUGUUCCAACCAUUCCCAUUCACUUUGAAAGAGUGCGAGAGCUCACCGGAGGUCGCUUCAAAUGGUACACUCUUUGCUCAGGGUGCAAUUACACUACCAACUGAUAAUGGCAAAGAAUGGAAAUGGGUUGGUCCAGUCAUUACUUUCGAUAAGUAUCCAGGUGGUGUCGUCAAAGGUAGCAUUCUUGGUUUUGGUUUACUCUUGGCAAUUCUCCUCGUUAUUGCUACUCUAGGUUUCAUCAUGAAGCAACAACAAAAGAAAUAA